UGAUUAAUGUCACAAAUGCUCCAUCUAAUCGUCAAAAAUUUAUCCACAUAAACUUACGAGUCAUAACCACUUGUGACAUCAUUCUUGAUUUGGAUUAUUUCUUCACAUGAAUAAGUACAAGUACGUGUAUAAAAAAAUAUAUACACAUCAGGCAUCAUAAUCGUGAAACCUUGUGAUUUCGGAGCAUACUACUUAUUUUAGCUUCUAAUAUAAAACGUAUUUAGUCCAUAAUGAAACUUAGUGCUCCAUAAUUCACUUUUCCUCUCGAGAACAUGUGAUGAGCUAACAAAAUAGUGCGUCAACGCAAGCGUUUGCGCUUUGACAGCACUGCUCUCAUCUAACUACGAAAGAAAGAAACAAAAAGAAAGACGUUUUAGAUCUAAACGGCGUGUAUGAAUCAACAGCGUGGUUGAAUUUUUAGUCACACGAAAGAGCACAUAAGAAAUAUAACAUUUAAUAAGAAGUUUAAUCGAGUUAGCAGUUUUUGAAGCAUAACGAAGAUGACUCUUGUUUACAUUGAUGGCAAUGAUCCAUGGCUCAACGAAUAUGAGGCCUGCGAUAACUUGUUCAGGGAGAUUAUGGAGCAGCUGACUCUGAGGAAUAAAGAAUCAAGAGUGUCUCAGACUUAUGCCAGUCUCUCUGCACAAAUUCGUAUAAGAUUAAACCAGUAUAGUAGUCAAAUAAGAAAACUAAAAGGAAAAGUUAAUGAAGCUUUUAGACAGCGAAUUAUUACAACAGAAGAAGCAGAAAGGAGAAAUAGACAAAUAGAACAACUUAUGAGCCGAGAAAUUCAAAUUCAAAAACUUAUGGAUUCAAAAAUGAACGAAUUAGCACAGUCAAGAUCAAGAUUAUUCGGCAAUCCAUCAACUUCUGCCUUUGCAGAUGGUGGAACCACCAAUUGGGGUAUUGACGACAAUGAGGAACCUCUUAUUGACAUUGGUGAUCGACCUAGUGUUUCUGACUUGAAAGCUCAAAAACAGCAUUUGCUUCAGCAGCAAGAAGAAGGCUUGGAGCAACUUUCUAAAAUAAUUUCGAGGCAAAAGCAGAUUGCACAAACUAUACAUACAGAAGUGGAUUAUCAUAAUGAAAUAAUUGAUGAUCUAGCGGACCAUAUGGAUAGAACGGAUCAACGUCUGAUUGAGGGAAGUCGCGAAGUCCGAACAGUUAGUCGGAAAGACAGAGUAUGGCCUUACUGGCUCAUCAUUAUUAUACUCUUUAUCAUUAUAAUUGCUUGUGCGUUAGCUUGAAAAUAACGUACUUGUAUUAGGAUUAUUGACAGAUUGACAGAUUUUUAUUAUAUGUAAUAAUUAUUCGUACUGCAUUUCACCCUUCACUAAUACCUUUAUCUGUGAUGAAAUUUUGUAAAUACAGAAUCUUAUAGUAUUUUCAUAUUUUUCUCAUGUUCUGCGAAGGCUCGCAAAAACGUUGCAAUAAUUGGUGUAAUCAUUGUCAUAAAAUUAUUAAUUAUUAAUUGUAAAGCGUACUAAACUGUUAUCGAUUUUGUUCAUCGUCAUGGUGGAAACAAAAGCUGGAAGUUUUGUAAAAAUUUAUCAUUAAAAACAUUUAAAAUCA